ACCGUCUCUUUCUCUCACUAAGAAGAGAGUCUCUCCGGCGUAUUAUAUGAUAAAUUCGCCAGAGAGAUAUCGCGUGUAGUUAAAUGGGUCUUCCUUUGUUGACAUGCAGUACGACGAGAGUGGCUUUCUCUUCUUCUUCGUCUUCGUCUUCGUCUUGGUGCAGUGGAAGCGGUGGAUUUAGAAAGCUUUUCGAUUCUCCGGCGAGUUCGAGAUCCGAGUUGCACGGGAAGAGAAACUCGCGGUUAAAUGGCCUUUCUUUAGAGAAACCGAGGUCUAUCAGAGCGUCGUCGUCAUCAUCAGCGGGACAGAGCAGCGGCGAAGUGAUCGACGACGGAGAUGCAGCGGUGACGCGCGGUUUAGCUGUGCCGUCGGUGGGAGGUUUUAGCAGCGGCGAGUUAGCUGGACCUUCGGGAGAGGUAACAUCGGUCGGCGAGUUUGUGGGUGGGAGCGGCGGCGGAGAUUUUAGUGGUUGGGAUAAGGUCGGUGCUGUUGUGAGGCUGAGUUACGGAAUCGGAAUAUACUGUGGGAUGGCUGUAGCGGGAAGGUUUAUAUGUGAAGUAGCAGGGAUUGAUUACACAGGAGGCUUUAAUGCUUCUUUAGAUGCUAUUACUGCUGGACUUGGUUAUGCUUCUCCACCUAUCAUGGCUCUUCUCUUCAUUCUUGAUGAUGAAGUUGUGAAGGUGUCGCCGCAUGCUCGUGCCAUUAGAGAUGUUGAAGAUGAGGAGCUUCGAGGCUUCUUCCAUGGCAUGUCAGCUUGGCAGUUUAUCUUAGUAGUUACCGCAAGUUCGAUUGGAGAGGAGCUCUUCUACCGUGCUGCGUUUCAGGGUGCACUAGCUGAUAUAUUCCUAAGAGGCACAGAUCUCAUCUCAGAUUCUCGUGGAAUGGUCGCUUUGACAGGAAUCUUGCCUCCGUUUGUACCCUUUGCUCAAGCAUUUGCAGCUGUCAUCACUGCUGCUCUCACCGGUUCUCUCUAUUACAUGGCUGCUUCCCCUAAAGAUCCGACUUAUAUAAUGGCACCUAUCUUGAAAACUCGCUCUGCACGUGAUGAGCUGAAGAAGCUGUUUGCAGCGUGGUACGAGCGAAGACAAAUGAAGAAGAUCUACUCUCCUCUUCUCGAAGGUCUUUUGGGUCUAUACCUAGGCUUUGAAUGGAUUCAGACAAACAAUCUUCUUGCACCAAUCAUCACACAUGGCAUAUACUCAGCUGUUGUACUAGGAAAUGGUCUCUGGAAGCUUCACCAUCACCAGCAACGACUGCGCCUAAGGGUACAGAAGCUUGAGACUGAAGGUGAUAACAACUCCAGAUAGAUAAAUAGCUAAAAUAAAUACUACCCUUUUGUUUUUAAAUUUUGUGAAUUGUCUUUAAUGUAUUGAGCAACCAUUGACAUUGUUGUACAAAAUAGAUAUAGAAAGCAAAGUGUAUAGAACCAUUAGCUAAUAAUAAGAGAGAAGCUAUGUGAAGCUUUUUUUUA